AUGAGUUUUAUAGAUGAUAGAGGUGCAGCCAAAGAGCUGGACCAGUGGAUUGAACAACUCAAUGACUGCAAGCAGUUAUCAGAGAAUCAAGUGAAAACACUUUGUGAAAAGGCUAAGGAGAUUCUGUCCAAGGAAUCCAAUGUCCAAGAGGUGAAAUGCCCAGUGACCGUAUGUGGCGAUGUUCAUGGUCAGUUCCAUGAUCUAAUGGAACUGUUCCGCAUCGGUGGCAAGUCGCCAGAUACAAACUACCUGUUCAUGGGAGAUUAUGUGGACAGAGGCUAUUAUUCUGUAGAAACUGUUACAUUAUUGGUGUCAUUGAAGGUUCGCUUCAAGGACAGAAUCACAAUUCUGCGAGGCAACCAUGAAAGUCGUCAAAUUACACAGGUCUAUGGAUUCUACGAUGAGUGUCUACGAAAGUAUGGCAACGCUAACGUAUGGAAAUACUUCACAGAUUUGUUUGACUACCUACCUCUCACAGCCCUUGUUGAUGGCCAGAUAUUCUGUUUACAUGGAGGAUUAUCGCCGUCUAUAGAUACACUGGAUCACAUUAGAGCACUAGAUAGAAUUCAGGAGGUUCCUCAUGAGGGGCCGAUGUGUGAUCUGCUGUGGUCUGACCCUGACGAUAGAGGUGGCUGGGGAAUCUCCCCUCGUGGUGCAGGCUACACUUUUGGCCAGGAUAUCUCCGAGACUUUCAACCACAGCAAUGGCGUUACAUUGGUCUCCCGAGCUCAUCAGCUAGUUAUGGAGGGCUACAACUGGUGUCAUGACCGUAACGUGGUGACCAUAUUUAGCGCCCCUAACUACUGCUAUCGUUGUGGUAACCAAGCGGCCAUCAUGGAGCUGGAUGAUGCUCUGAAGUAUUCCUUUUUACAAUUUGACCCAGCCCCGAGACGUGGAGAGCCGCAUGUAACCAGAAGAACUCCAGACUACUUUCUUUAA